GAGCUUCUGAUCAUAGAAGAGUAAAAAAAGAUGAAACUCAUCUCUCUAUUGCAGAGACAUGGCCUUCGCAUCCAGAAAUAUCCUCUUCAUUGGAGGUCUUUUUUUAGCAACUCUACCUUCGAACAACAACUAGAAACUCUCGAUAUCAAUCGAACCAUUGCUUCAGUUAAUUCCAUCUAUUCGAACCCCUGUUUUUCUCUGUUGGGUCUCUGCAACACCCUCGGCUCUCUCAAGAAAAUCCAUGGUUUGCUCACCGUCCAUGGUCUAACAGAUGACCUUCUCUGCCAAACCAAAUUAGUUAGCUUGUAUGGUUUCUUCGGGGAUGUCAAGUGCGCCCGCUCUGUCUUUGAUCAAAUAAGAGAACCGGACCUUUACUCAUGGAAGGUGAUGAUCAGAUGGUAUUUCUUGAGCGAUUCCUAUCCAGAGCUUAUUCGGCUUUAUACCCAUAUGAGACAAUGCCUCAAAGAGCAAGACAACGUUGUUUUUAGCGUUGUGUUGAAGGCUUGCAGUGAACUGCAUGAUCUGGAUGAAGGGAGAAAGCUUCACUGCCAGAUUGUUAAAUUUGGGAAUCCUGAUAGUUUUGUAAUGACGGGUCUGGUGGAUAUGUAUGCCAAGUGUGGAGAAAUCGUAUGUUCUCGUGCUGUGUUUGAAGAAAUUCCCGACAGAAAUGUUGUUUCUUGGACUUCAAUGAUCGCGGGCUAUGUGCAGAAUGAUUGCCCAGAAGAAGCACUAGUGUUAUUUAAUCGCAUGAGACAAGGGAUGAUUGAUGCUAACCAAGUCACCAUGGGAAGCUUGCUUACGGCAUGCACAAAGUUAGGUGCUCUGAAUCAGGGAAAAUGGGUCCACGGAUUCAUAAUAAAAGAAGGUAUCGUCAUGAAUUCAUGCUUAGUAACUGCCCUGCUGAAUAUGUAUGUAAAAUGCGGGAUGAUCACUGAUGCUCGUUCAACAUUUGAUGAGCUGCCUAUAGUUGAUCUUGUCUCAUGGACAGCAAUGAUUGUUGGAUACACUCAGAGAAACUACCCGGAUGAGGCAUUAAGGCUAUACACAGACAAGAAAUGGGCUAGUCUCUUGCCCAACUCUGUUACUAUUGCGAGUGUUCUUUCUGCAUGUGGACAGUCAGGUAAUUCAAAUUUGGGAAGGUCAGUUCAUGGCAUUGGGAUUAAACUAGGCCUAGAAGAUGGCACUGUGAGGAAUGGUCUUAUUGAUAUGUAUGCAAAAGGCCAUAUGAUUGGAGAUGCUUAUUACAUAUUCCGGACAGUUUCAGACAAGGAUGUGAUUGCUUGGAAUUCAAUGAUUACUGGGUAUGCCCUGAAUGGGUCUGCUCAUGAAGCCAUGACACUUUUUCACCAGAUGAGAUUGGAUUUUGUCGCACCUGAUGCAAUCACAGUUGUUGGUGUCCUCUCUGCCUGUGCUUGUAUGGGUUCCCUGCAUUUAGGUUGCUCAUUACAUGCUUAUGCUAUAAAAGAAGGCUUUUUAUCAUCCAAUGUACGUCUUGGCACUGCCCUUCUCAAUUUCUAUGCUAAAUGUGGAGAUGCAGGAUCUGCUCGCAAAGUUUUUGACGGUAUGGAAGAGAAGAACACAGUGACAUGGAGUGCGAUGAUGGGUGGAUAUGGCAUGCAUGGUGAUGCCAGUGAGUCCCUCGCACUAUUUACUGAAAUGUUGAGUAAAAAUGUGGAGCCCAACGAAGUAAUCUUCACAAGCAUUUUAUCUGCUUGUAGCCAUACAGGGAUGGUUGGGGAAGGGUGGAGGUAUUUCAAUUCCAUGUGUCGAGAGUAUCAAUUUGUGCCUUCCAUGAAGCAUUAUGUUUGCAUGGUUGAUCUACUGGCUCGGGCUGGCAGGAUAGAAGAAGCCUUGGCAUUUAUAGAGACAAUGCCAGUUCAACCAGAUGUCAGUGUUUUUGGAGCUUUACUCCAUGGAUGUAGACUCCAUUCAAGGUUGGAUCUUGGAGAGUUGGGAGUGAAGAAGAUGCUGGAGUUGCAACCUGAUAGUGCAGGGUACUAUGUGCUCAUCUCCAAUUUCUAUGCUUCAGAUGGGAGGUGGAACAAGGCCAAUGAAGUGAGGGAGUUAAUGAAGCACAGAGGAUUGAGCAAGUCACCAGGGUGUAGCCUAAUGGAAAUGGACAGUGGCAACCAUUUCUCUGCCUUGAGAGUGGCAUCUCUCUCAUAGUUGAAAGCAUGAAGUGCACAGUUGAGAGUAUCAUAGUUAUGAGAGUUUUGAUGAUGUGGAAUUGUCCCUGGCUUUAAGUCUGUGGCUGCCUUGAGGUCCUUGAG